CGAAGCCGUUGCCAGCCCACCCUGCGCCGCAGUCCGCUGUGAACGGCGUGCGUCUUCACACACAGGCCCUGGCCUCGGCAAUGCUAUAGCCUGUGCAUCCACUACAGCUUCUCGAAGCAGCAGACGUGUGCUACCCCCGGCACAACCUGCGUUUCUCUGACCACCUCCGCGCUCAGCUGCCGCUCUCCAGCAGCCAUGGCAGCUGAAGGCCGGUCGCCGCCCCCAGCUCGAAGCGCCCGCCGUCGGUCUUUCUCAGAAAAUGGUCGCGCUGUGGAGGCCUCCACAGACUCGAGGAAGGGCGACCGCAGUACCAGGGAGCUGUCACCCUGGAGCGCGAGGCGGGCGUUGACAGAACAGUUGCAGGGCAGAGGGUCUGAACCAAGGCAGAGUCGGGAACGGGAUCGGUCAUGGAGCGUAAGGCAAACGGUGGAGAUGAAAGAUACUGGGAACGCUCGUCCACCUUCACGCGGAGGGAAGAGGGGCAAGAGCAGGUCACCGCCGCCGAGGAAGCCUAGAGAUCGCUCUAGAGAAAAGGCAAGAGAGCGUUCGAGAGACCGCAAGUCUAAGGAUGCUUCAGAGGCAGGUUCCGCGGUUCGCGGCCGAGACGCCUCACCCGAACCAUACCGCAAACCACGAGAAUCGUCGAGGGAGAGGAAGCGCGAGAAGUCAAAAGAUAGGGAUCGCUCAAGGGAUAACUAUCGAGACCGCUCGAGGGACAGGCGGCGUGACAGGACCGGCGAGAGGAAGCGGGAUAGAUCAAAAGAGAGGAGACGAGACCGCUCAAAAAACCGACGCGAUCGCUCAAGGGACAGAGACAAGGAAAAGAAACGAGAUCGCUCGAGAGACAGAAACGGGGACAAGAAGCGAGACCGCUCGCGAGAUAGACGGCGCGACCGCUCUCGCUCCAAACCCCGACGCUCACGCUCUCCCAUACCCUACCGCUCCCGCAAACACCGCUCCCCGUCGACAUCCGCCUCGCCGCCCCCGAAGCGCCGGAAACGCACCCGCUCACACUCGCGGUCACGCUCCCGACCCCCUCGCGACCGAGACCGCAAACCGCUCCCCUCGCAAGAAGUAUCCUUCCGCGGCCUCGACGACAGCGCCCGACCCCCCAGCAAAUAUGGCGGCGCUCCCACCACGCUCGAAAAGCCCAACUUCAAGCCCACGGGGCUCCUCGCCAAAGCCGCCAACAAAGUCGAAGGCACAAAAAUCAGCCUGAAAUACCAUGAGCCACCCGAAGCCCGCAAGCCUCCCUCAUCAGCGCAAUGGCGCAUGUUCGUCUUCAAGGGCGACGACGUCGUCGACACAAUCGAGCUAUAUACGCGCAGUUGUUGGCUCUUCGGCAGAAGCCGCGAGGUCGCAGACUACGUGCUCGAGCAUCCGAGCAGCAGCGGGCAGCACGCAGUCAUACAAUUCCGAUACAUCCAGAAGACGGUGGAGGACGAGUUCGGCGUGAAGCAGCACAGGGGCAAGGUCAAGCCGUACAUUAUCGACCUUGAGUCGAGCAACGGCACUGAACUCAACGGGGAGCGCAUCGAAACGACCCGCUACUUUGAGCUGCGCGAUAAGGACAUCCUGAAGUUUGCGGGCAGCGAGAGGGAAUACGUGGUUAUGCUGCCGCCGCCUGAGAGUCACUUAGGUAUUUAAAGGAGGACUUUGAUUAGGUUAGCUGAAGCCCCAGCGAAGUCAUCCGAGGUACCGAGGAAAUGCAUGCGGUUAUGCUGCCGCUGCCUGAGAGACAGUUGGCUAUUAGUCGGCUGGAGGCCUUUCGAGAUAGGAAAUGCAUGUACGUCUGAGGUUGGAUUAGUCGUAUGUGACAUGACUGGAGCACGGCGUGGUGCCGCAUAUGCAGGUUUAGCAAAUACGUACAUAGGAGGGCUGUGCAACUUAGUUAGAAUAGUAAAGCAAGAUCGCAUCAGCAAGCCACAAAGGGAACCUGAUCAAAGAUUCUACUGUACAAG